AUGCGCUAUUCAUUCACCGUCACCGCCUUGAGCCUCCUCUCAUCGGCUUUUGCCAUCACCGUCACCACUCCAUCAUCGGGCACGGUGUGGGAUUUCUCUACUGCCAAAACUAUCAAAUUCACUAGCGAGUCUGGUGAUCCUUCAGUAAUCAGCAUCAUCCUUCGAACUCAGGAUGGCUCCUUCCAGACCAAAUUGGCGGAUAACGUCAAGACCUCUGACGGCGAAUACACGACCCAGCCUAACCCUAGCAUCUCCAGCGGAAACGACUAUGAGAUCCAGAUAAUUGAUUCUGCUGGCCAGCUCGCCAUCAGUGACAUUUUUACUGUCAAGAAGGGCGCUUCGGAUGAUGGUACCACAUCCUCAUCUUCUUCCACCUCGUCUUCUACCUCCUCUUCUUCCACCACCACCUCCUCCUCCACUUCUUCUUCCGCGACAUCUAGUGCGACCACUUCUACAUCCGUCACUUCCACCCUUACAUCCUCGGUGUCUUCAACUCCCACGUCGUCGACUAGCUCCACCACCACCGCAUCCUCUUCUAUCUCUUCUUUCACGACCACCUCUUCCACGUCUUCCGAAACUUCAUCCACCAGUGCCUCUGCCUCCGCUCCACAGUCCGCUGGUGCUGGGUCGUCUCAGUUCAGCGCUCCUAAGGGAGCUAUGGCUCUACUCGGUGCUGCUUUCGCGCUCUUCUACGUCUAG